CACGUGCGAGGGCCAACCGUCAACACUGCGAGUUUGAAACUGCUUGGAGGGUGGGGCGCAGGCGCGGCGCGUGCGUCGAUACGGGCAGCGCAGGGCAGGGCAGGGCAGGGCAGCGCCGCGCCAGUCCGCGUCAUGCGCCAGCGCCCGCUCCGCGCCGUGUCCCCGCAGGUGCUGGCCGCCGUCGUGGCCGCCUCCUUCCACCUGGCGGUGGGCGUCGCGCUGGCCUUCUCCGCUGUGCUCAUCCCGCAGAUCGAGGCGCCGGGCAGCGACAUCCAGGUGACGGCGUCCGACUCCUCCUGGCUGGCGAGCGCGCUGGUGCUGGUUGUGCCGGUGGGGGCGCUGCUGGCCGGUGGCGCCAUGGAGUGGCUGGGCCGCCUCAACACCGUGGCGGCCGCCGCGCUGCCCUGCGCCGCCGGCUGGGUGCUGAUCGCCACGGCGCCCGACGUCACCUCCAUCCUCAUCGGCCGCCUGCUCACCGGCGUCGCCGCAGGCCUCGGCACGAGCGCGGGGGUGGUGUACAUCACGGAGGUGGCCAAGCCAGAGCUGCGCGGCUCGCUCAUCUCCAUCUGUCCGUCGCUGGCGUCCCUCGGGAUGCUGAUCGUGUACGGCGAGGGCGCCGUGGUGGGGUGGCGCGCCGCCGCCUGGACCAGCUUGGCCUACGUGCUGCUGCCGGUGCUGCCCGUGCUGCUGUGGCUGCCCGAGAGCCCCUCGUGGCUGGUGGCCAAGGGCCGCACGGAGGACGCCGAACGCGCGCUGGCCUGGCUCACCGGCAAGCAGGCGGCGGCCGUGAAGCAGCAGGUGGCCUCCAUGGUGAAGUCGCAGGACGUGCGCGCAGCGCCAGCCAACACUAUGCGCGUGCGCCUGGACACCUUCCUGCAGCCCUGCGGCUACAAGCCGCUGCUCAUCCUCUUCGGCCUCUUCCUCAUCCAGCAGUUCUCGGGCAUCUACAUCACGCUCUUCUACGCCGUCAACUUCUUCAAGGACGUGGGGUCGUCGUUCGACCCCCGCCUGGCCACGGUGCUGGUGGGCGCGGCGCGCUUCACCAUGAGCCUGUGCAACACGGGGCUGCUGAAGCGCUUCGGCCGCCGGCCGCUGUGCAUGGUGAGCGGCCUGGGCAUGGCGGCCUGCAUGGGCGUCUCCGGCUACUUCACCCUGCACCUGCGCAACGGAGGCGAGCACGGUGCUUGGGUUCCUGUGGCCUGUGUUCUCCUCUAUGUCUGCACAAGUAUGAUUGGAUUCCUCAACAUUCCGUGGACAAUGACUGCAGAACUUUUCCCUACAGAAAUUAGGGGCAUAGCACAUGGAAUUGUUAUUUCUGUGGCACAUCUUAUAAUGUUUGGAGCAGUGUGGUCAUAUCGUAGUCUUCUUCUCAUCUUUGGAGGGCCUCAUGGUGUUCAGUGGUUUUUUGCAGCCAAUUCUCUCUUUGGAACUGUUUUUGUUUGGCUUUUCUUACCAGAAACACACAAAGUAAGUUUGAAUGAUAUCCAAGACUACUUUUUUACAAAUACCAUCUACAUUACAAAGAAGAAGAAAAAGCAAUAUGAAAAUUCAGCUCAGAAUAUGGCACACUCAUUGCCAUUAAUGGGAUCAGCAAAAGCAUAAAUGCAAUCUGAAUUAAACAGCUUAUAUUCAUUCUUUCCAUCCUCUCAAUUCAACUUAUUUUUUCAGAUAUUAAAUAUUUAGUAUCUGAUGUCUUUGAGAGUGUUGACUAUCUUUGAUGCUGAUGCAUGCAUUGUUUUUCUACAAAUAUAAGAUUUAAAUCUAAAAUUCGAUAAAAGAAUUUUCCACAGUUUCUGUGUUGAAUACUCAAAUAUGUAAAUAAUAUACUUAUGCAUAUGAUUUUUUGUUUGUUUGAAAGUGUUUUAUAAUCAAUGACUGCCAAAUAAUAAAUUCCUUUCCAUAUUAAAGGAAGGAUAUAAAUCAAAUUAUGGGGGUAAGAAAAUUAAACAAAAUUAGAAAUUAUUUUCAAACUUUGUCUGGUCUAUUAGUUUAUCAAAUCAUUAUGGUGUGUCCACUAAGUUGUAUAAGGCACAGAAAAAUUAUAUUUAUUAUUGCCAAUGCUGGCUAUAAGAAAAAUCUAAUAUUUGUUAAUAAAUAACUUGCUGUUAUUCUCUAAUAUUGAGUGGGACCAGAAUUCUUUCAGAGCAAAAAAAUCUCUAGUAUAAAGAAGUUAACUUCUUCUGUACUUAUAAAUGCAAACAUGGAGUAAUAUCAGAUUAAGCUUGAUCAACAAUUUACCAGAUGUGAGAAUGUGAUGUGCAUCCAAAAGAAACUAGAUGAUUGGAGACAAAUUCAGGGCAGAGGAAUUGCACACUAAUAUAUUAUGUCUUCCAGCAUUAAUGAGGAAUAAAGUGAAUAAGAAUUCUUCUUAAUGCAAACUUCACAUCAAAUUAUUUUCAUUUUAAAAACUUAUUCCCCCAUUGUCAUAUAUCCUACAAUGUAAUUUUUCUCCAAAACUGCUUCUGGUGGUCAUCAUUUUCCAAGCAAAAAUUGCUUUAAACAGCUUAAUGAGAGAAUCGGAAACUACAUUAUUAGAGAUAUGUGGAUACAUUAGAAUGCAGAAAUUAUGUCUUAGUUCUCAAAAUAAACAAAUUCUUCCGCCCUGCAAUGCUACUGUUGGCAAUGAUCUGAUGUGUGUACAUAAACUAUAAAAAAAUUACAUGUGCUGUUAUGUUAAAGACACUAAUAUUAAAUAUUUUGAAGUUUUGAAGACAUGUUUGCAUUACUUUACAACUUAAGCAAAUUAAAAAAGCCAGUAUCAUGGAAAUAGACAGAGGUAGUCUUAUUUGUCUGUGAGUGUUUUGUAUGUCUUGCCAUAAAUGAACUUUCAUUUUUGGCUCUUUUUUGAUUCGUGUUGGAAACAGGUGAUGUCUGUAAAAUCAUCAAAACCUAUUUAAAAAUGCCAAAUGAACAUGACUAUCAUAAGUUCUCAGAUUCUCUUUAUACUUUAUAGUUAAUUUGUAUUAACAUGUCACUUGAUCAUUAUCAUGUGUCUUAUUAUGUCUAUCAUGCAACAUCAUCAAAACAUAGAUUCAUUUUUCUUUUCUUUAUUUAAAUUAAAAAAUGAAUGUUAAAUUAGGGUUAAUCUAUGUAAGUUUUUUCUAUGUACAUAUGUAUUUAUAGAUAACCACUCUCAUUUUGCAAAAAGAAUAAAUGAAAAUAAAAGAUUAAACAAGAAUAUGCAAAUCAAGGAUACAUAUUUUCAAAGAUGAUUGAACUUUAAAUUAUGUGCCUCUUGCCAGUUGACAUUCGUUAUUUAUGUUAUUGUCAUUCAUGUUAUCUAUAAAUUGACAAAUCAAUAAAUAAAUCUAGUUUCUGACACAGUUUUUCCAUUAUUUUAUAUCCUUAUUUAAUAUCUCUCAUUUGAUGCCCACUAUUACAUUAUCAGCAUCUUUCACUUUUUAAAUGAACAGAAAACCAAAACACUUAUGGAAUGUUAGAAUGAUUUUGAAAGCUUAUGAAGGAAAGAAAUAACUCAAAAAUUGGUUUUUAUUUUUUAAGAUUUCUGAAAAAUUCUAAAAUGGAGUUUCAGUGUCCCAAAGAGUGUAAAUGAUUGAAGACAAAUUCAGGGCAGAGGAAAUGCAUGUUAAAAUAUUGUCUUCCAGCAUUAAUGAGAAAUAACAUGAAUAGGAUUCCCUCUGAAUAAAAUUCAAUUAAUGAAUGUUAUAAUCAAAUAUGAUAAUUUUUGAAUUAAUGCAGAUUAUUGAUUCAUUGUUUUUUUACUUUCUCGCUCUUAUUUAGUUCUGGAGCCUAUUCAAUUACACAAAAUUAUGCAAAUGUUCUGUAGUCAUAUGACAUGAGAUAUCUGUUAUCACUAUUGAACAUUAAUUGAGCCUUGAAUAAUUAUUUAAAUAAGUAAAAUAAAAGAAAUAACGUAAAUAUUUGUUAUUUCAGUUAUUUAUCCUGUUAAACAUUUUAACUUUUAUUUUAGUUCAUUAUAAUAGAAUGUACAUUUCAUUCAUUUAUAUAAAAUUACAUGUAAUUAGGUAUUGUAAUGGCUUAAAGGCCUUCGGCCUAGCCACAUAGGAUCAAGUAAUCUAAUUCGUUUGUAAUAAUUACCUAUUAAAUAA